AUGGAGAGUACUGAGAGACCUGAGCUUGUCUGCAACCACACCGAUGCAUGGGACUGGGUUUACACCAUGCAGCCUGCCUACAUGUCCAUCAUCUGUCUUCUUGGAGUGAUCGGAAACUCCUUUGUGCUUUGUGUGUUCUGUCUCCAGAAGCGGCGCAGCUCUGUGGCCGACAUCUACCUGAGCAACCUGGCAGCGGCCGAUCUCCUCAUGGUUUCCUGCCUGCCGUUCUGGGUCGCAACCAUCGUCAACAAAUUCCACUGGAGGUUUGGGGAGCCUAUGUGCCAGCUCAUCAACAUUGUCAUUGGGAUGAAUUACUAUUGCAGUGUGCUGUUCCUUACACUUGUGAGCAUGGACAGAUACCUGGCUCUCACUAGACCUCUAACCCAGGGGAGGGAGAGACGGGCCCUCUGGGCACGUGGGAUUUGCUCGGGUAUCUGGAUUGCUGGGGUCUUGCUCAGCUUCCCUGCCAUCCUCUUCCGCUCCGUCAAGUUCUUCCCUCAUCUGGGAAUUGACGCAUGCUACAUAGAGUAUCCCCAUGAAGGCUGGAGACUGCGCUACAACAUGACUGUCAAUAUAGUAGGCUUCCUUAUCCCUGUUCCUAUUGUAUCCUUUUGUAGUUACCACAUCACUAAAGUCAUUCAGCGCAGCCGGAAGCUGAGAAAAGGCAGCAGAGGCAGUGUGGAAAGAAAGGCUGCACAUCUUGUUCUUGUUGUUCUGGCUGUGUUCAUUCUCUGCUGGCUGCCCUACCAGAUUCUAGUCUUCUUGGACACCCUGGAUCAUUAUCAGGUUGUUUCUGGAUGUGCAUGGGCGUACAUGUUGGACAUUGGCAACCAGUUGGCUACUUACCUCGGCUAUAGUAACAGCUCAUUGAAUCCUUUCCUGUACGUGAUUGUGGGGAAGCACUUCAAGCAGAGGGCGAGGGAAGUGUUUAUAUUUGUGCUGUGCAGGAGGAAACGGCAAGUGGGGAAGUCCAGUCAUUCCAAUUCCAAUCUCACCUCAACUAAACAAACUGAUAGUACUAAAAUCUAAAUCUAUCCACACAUUUAGAGGAAAAGUUUAAACGUUCUGGGGAAAAAAAAUAAAAAAGAUAAUUGAGUACUGAGUCUUAUUCCCAGGCUGUCAAAUAUUGAUUUUUCAAGUUGGUAUUCCCUCGAAAUUCUGCUGCGGUCAUGUCAUUUUGGCUCUCCAGAGGGCCUUUCGCAUUUUUUUUUAUCAUUUGCAAUUCUCACCAGGUCCUGAACUAGUGUCUUAUACAUGGACUUUAAAUCAUACAAUGACUCAUCAACCUGUUGCCACUUCAAGGAAUAGUUCAACAUUUGGGGAAAUACACUCAUCCGUUGUCCUACCAGGAGUUAAAUAAGAAAAUGAUACAGUUCUCAUUUUUGAAAACUACAGCAAUCUGUCAGUUAGCUUAUCUUAGAAUAAAGUGGAGGAAACACCAAAGCCAACAAACUUCUUAUUUAGUGUUCAGACAUGAGAGUGGUAUAAAUCCUCUAACUCUCUGCAAGAAGUCGAAAAAUGUUUAGCUUUUGCAAGCAAUCUGUUAUGACGCAAAAUCAUUUGAUUUUUUUUUUUUUUUUUUUUUUCUUUUUGUUGGACUGAUAUUUCUGAGUAGUCCAUUUUGUCCAUCUCAUGUAAAAAACAUUCAACUUAAACAAAAAAAGUAAAAUAUUUCUUGUGAAAUUAAGCAGCUCCACAGUUUGGUUUGAGAUGAAUUAUCUCCAGAACUGCUAGUGCUAUAAUGUUUACCAUUAUAAUGUGUUGUGUUUGUGAAUCCUGAUUGUGAUACUAUCAAGCUGUUCCACUUCUGUAUCUUUUGCCAAUCAAAGCCAGGUUUGGUUUAAUAGAGCGUAAUAUGGUACUGUUUCCAGGUGUUGUCUCAGGCUGUUAUUUCUGUGUUUAUAACAGCUAUCAGGAAGCUGAGUUGUUAUUCUAAGACACUGGGAGUUUGUCCUCUUAAAAGAUGUGUUGCAACCAAAACCGGCUCUUAUUCCAACAGAUGUAACAUCAGAAAAAUAUAUGAGGAGAUCAAUCAUUGUGUA